AUGGCUGCAGCAGCAGUAAUCCCUCUUCCCUUCACAAUUUCCUCUUCUUCUUCGAAGAGAGAUUCUACUCUCCUUUCAAGAAAUUCUAUUAUUUUAUCAUCAACAAGUUCUAUAGUGGGAUGUUCAAGAUUGACCUGCAUAAUCAAGAACCAAAAAUUAACAAGCAAGAAGAAUGCUAGUGGCAGUGGGCUACUGGUGAAAUGUAUGGCUUCAUCAUCAGUUCUUCCAAAAGCCCUUUUGUUUGAUUGUGAUGGUGUGCUUGUUGACACUGAGAAAGAUGGACAUCGCAUUUCUUUUAAUGACACCUUUGCUGAAAGAGAGUUGGGUGUGACUUGGGAUGUUGAUUUAUAUGGUGAAUUGCUCAAAAUUGGGGGAGGAAAGGAAAGGAUGACUGCCUACUUUAACAAGGUAGGUUGGCCAGAAAAGGCACCAAAGAGUGAGGAAGAAAGAAAAGAAUUUAUAGCAUCACUUCACAAGCGAAAGACGGAAUUGUUCAUGGUCCUUAUUGAGAAAAAGUUACUGCCUCUUCGACCUGGUGUUGCCAAGCUAAUAGACCAAGCUUUGGAAAAAGGCGUGAAAGUUGCUGUGUGCAGCACUUCAAAUGAGAAGGCGGUUUCUGCCAUAGUUUCGUUCUUAUUGGGGCCUCAACGAGCGGAAAAAAUCCAAAUAUAUGCAGGAGAUGUGGUUCCUCGUAAGAAGCCUGAUCCAGCGAUUUAUCUGUUAGCUGCCGACACAUUGGAUGUCGAACCUUCAAGUUGUGUUGUUGUGGAGGACAGUGCAAUUGGUCUUGCGGCUGCCAAAGCUGCUGGGAUGAAGUGUAUAGUAACAAAGAGUGGGUACACAGCCGACGAGGAUUUCUUAAAUGCGGAUGCAGUUUUUGAUUGCAUAGGAGAUCCUCCAGAGGAACGGUUCGACUUGGCAUUUUGUGGAAGCCUUCUUGAGAAGCAGUAUGUUAGUUAG